GCAACAGCAGUCGCUUGUUUUUCGCUCACUCAAUAGCACGGCCAUAGCGCGUUGCUGGCGUACUUAUUAUUUUUUUGCGAAGAAGAGGAAGAGUAGAAGCAGUAGCAGAAGCAGCAGUGCAAAAGUUUUGUUGACACCGAAAGAAAAAGGAAAAAGGAAAAAAAAAACCCUUAAACAGACUGAGCAAAAGCAAAAAACUAGGCGUGACGAUACAAAAGCGUGCAAAGUUAAAGCCCACAGUGUGUUUCGGAGACGAAAGUGAAAUUCGCAAGGCGAAGCAACGCUCUGGUAAACUAAAUAAAAAGACAAAAACAAAAACAAAUGAAUAGUCCUCGCACAAACGGCGCCAUCUCAGCGCUGCCCAGCACCUUGGCACAAUUGGCGUUGCGCGACAAGCAGCAAGCGGCGUCGGCGUCAGCGUCGGCAUCGGCAUCAAAUGGCAGCGACUCCUCGAUAGCAACGCAGCGUCCACAGACGCAGCCGCCCAGUGUGCCAUCAGCGACAGCAGCGGCAGUCACUAAACUGCAAUUGGCAGAGGCGGCGGCAGCCAGUGUGACCAGCUCAAAUGGUGACUCGAACAAGCUGACGCACGACCUGCAGGAGAAGGAAGCACAGCAACAGCAGCAAUUGAAGCCACAGAAACCUCCGUUGCCCGUGCGCCAGAAGCCCAUGGAAAUCGCUGGCUACGUGGGCUUCGCCAACCUGCCCAAUCAGGUGUACCGCAAGGCGGUCAAGCGAGGCUUCGAGUUCACACUGAUGGUGGUGGGCGCCAGUGGGUUGGGCAAGUCGACGCUCAUCAAUUCCAUGUUCCUGUCGGACAUCUACAACACGGAACAGUAUCCGGGCCCCUCGCUGCGCAAGAAGAAGACCGUUGCGGUGGAGGCCACCAAGGUAAUGCUCAAGGAGAACGGCGUCAAUCUCACCCUGACCGUAGUCGAUACGCCGGGCUUCGGCGAUGCCGUGGACAACAGCAACUGCUGGGUGCCCAUACUGGAGUAUGUGGACAGCAAAUACGAGGAAUACUUGACGGCCGAGUCGCGUGUCUACCGCAAGACCAUCUCUGAUAAUCGAGUGCAUUGCUGUCUGUACUUCAUAGCGCCAUCGGGUCACGGUCUGCUGCCAUUGGACAUUGCCUGCAUGCAGAGUCUGUCGGACAAGGUGAAUCUGGUGCCGGUGAUUGCCAAGGCGGACACCAUGACGCCCGACGAGGUGCAUCUGUUCAAGAAGCAGAUACUGAACGAGAUUGCUCAGCAUAAGAUUAAGAUCUAUGAUUUUCCCGCCACGCUCGAGGAUGCCGCCGAGGAGACAAAGGCCACACAGAGUCUGCGCAGCCGUGUCCCAUUCGCGGUGGUCGGCGCCAACAGCAUCAUCGAGGUGGAUGGCAAGAAGGUGCGGGGUCGUCGCUACCCUUGGGGUCUGGUGGAGGUGGAGAACUUGACGCAUUGCGAUUUUAUUGCAUUGAGGAACAUGGUAAUACGCACACAUCUGCAGGAUCUCAAGGAUGUGACGAACAACGUUCACUAUGAGAACUAUCGAUGUCGCAAGCUCUCCGAGCUGGGACUUGUCGACGGCAAGGCGCGGCUCUCGAACAAGAAUCCGCUCACCCAGAUGGAGGAGGAGAAGCGCGAGCACGAGCAGAAGAUGAAGAAAAUGGAGGCCGAAAUGGAGCAGGUCUUUGACAUGAAGGUCAAGGAGAAGAUGCAGAAGCUCAAGGACUCCGAACUGGAGAUGGCGCGCCGGCAUGAGGAGCGCAAAAAGGCGCUCGAGCUGCAGAUCCACGAGCUGGACGAGAAGCGGCGCGAGUUCGAGCGCGAGAAGAAGGAGUGGGAGGAUGUGAAUCAUGUGACGCUGGAGGAGCUCAAGCGGCGAAGCCUCGGCGCCAACAGCAGCUCCGACAAUGUGGAUGCCAAGAAGGAGAAGAAGAAGAAGGGUUUGUUCUAAGUCAAGCAGCGCUAGUUUAUAGUCCGGCGAAAUAUCCUCCUACUUAACAAAAAACAAAAAACAAAAAACGAAAAAAAAAGAUAUUGAAAUAUUAAUGUACUACACUUUAAGGCCUCAAAAAUCUCGAGAACAAAAUACCAUAUAACGAAUUAUGAAUAGCGGUACAUACCAAUACUAUAAACAGUGCAUAUACAUAUAUAUAUGCUGAUAUAUAUAUAUAUAUACUAUAUACCAAUGUAUCAAACAGGUCUCAUCUAUCGGUUCUAUCUCUCCCAUUCAAUAGAUUUCUCAGACUUUCGCUUGAUGUGAAAAUCUGCGAAUUCGAACCAUCUGACAGACCUGACAUAUAUACGUAUAUAUCCACUAUAUUCAUAUAUAUAUAUAUGUAUAUACAUAUAUGUCUAGGUAUUACUUGGCUUUCGCACAGCAAUCGCGCAUUUGUUUUUUAGAUGCAUACAUAUUUAACAGUUAUUAUUAUUGCAGUAUUUUUACCAAAAUAUAUAAACGAAAUCAAAACAACAAAAAAAGAGAAAAUACAAAAAAAAAAAGAAGAAGCGCAUUAAGAACUUGACGUAACAUUUUGACUAGCCUAAAUGAAUUGAAAGAGAACCUAAAUUGUAUUUACAAAAUACUUAAAUAUCGCUUAAAUAAAAUAAUAACUAAUACAAAAA